AUGAUAUACGCACGGAACAUAAAAGAAAAAGAUACACAUCUGAGUAAAUGUUUAAGUUGGUUGCUGCGACACGGCGCACAUAAAGAAGGGUUUACGUUGAGUCCUGAAGGAUAUUUGUCUGUUGAUGAAAUACUACAACACAAAUCAUUUAAGGAUAAAUACAGCAAAACUGAUGUUGAGCGAGUAGUGAAUAACAAUGACAAGCAAAGGUUCAAAUUGAGAUGCAAUCCACAUACAAAUAUUCUUGAGAUAAAAGCAAAUCAGGGGCACAGUAUCAGCAAUAUUGAUGAUUCAGAACUGACACCUAUUUUAGAACCCAAAUACAGCACAGUGGUUCAUGGAACAUAUUAUGAUUGCUGGCCAAAAAUAAAAUCGGAAGGUUUGAGUUGCAUGAAAAGAUGUCAUAUACAUUUAUCAAAAGGCACGCUUGGUGCCAAUGUCAUCAGUGGACUCCGUAAGAACGUCCAAAUAUACAUUUUCAUUGAUAUAGCCAAGGGAUUGGCAGAAGGCAUCAAGUUUUACGAGUCCGAAAACGGCGUUGUACUGACGCCGGGAAAUGAAUCUGGCUUUUUAGCGCCAAAAUAUUUUGAAAAAGUUGUUGACGUUAAAACAGGUUGA